UUGCAACAUACGGGUAUCACAGAUACCUUUGUUGUCAAGGGCCGGUAACUAGUAACCAUUUUCUGUGUCGGAAUUCCGACACAAAAAUAUGCGCAUCCAAACUGGCGCAUUUAUACGGAAACGGAUGUUAAGAACGUAAAUACGCCUGCUGGAAGGACAAGAAUGAGAUGACUAUUUAUAGGAGAAUUUUUAUAUAUAUCUUUACCGUUUUAUAUUUAUAUAUAUAUUUUUUAACUUGAUAAAUUUUUUAUAUACAUGUCUGAAUCUGGUCAAAAUGUUAAGAAAAAGAACACUGAUGAAUGUCUGGUAUGUUCAAAGCCACCGUAUCAAUCUAAGAAAAUAUCUUCCAAAUUAUUAGAUUUUUCGAUAAAGGAUUUGUUGUUAAAAUAUGGAGGGAUUUCAAAGGAUAAAGGGGUGAUUUGUCGGAAUUGCGAACGCAGAUUAGAGACACUUCACAAGAAAACAGUAGAGUUUUAUGACGAGUGUCAAUCGGCCGCCAGAAAAGAUGACUUUACAACACCAGUAGUCUGUAACAAGAGGUUACCAACUUCACCUCUUGUUGGGUUUCACCCUAAAAGAGCUUCUCUUGAAAUUAAUGAGGAUUUUCAACAACCAAGUCAACAUGCAAGUUCUGAGAAUAUGUUUGUUGAUUUAUCUUCCAAUGCAGAGCCUAGCAAUAAAGUUUUAUGUUACAGUUAUACAGUUAUUUUAUGUUAUGGUAUCCAAUCAACUGAAGACAGAAAAGAUACAGCGCAGCAUACAGAAUGCAAUUCAUCUGACAAACCUUGAAACUUAC